AUUUUGGGGGGUUUUGUGGAUUUGUUGUAGAGAAUUCUUGGGUUAUAUUUAUGGAAGAUGUCUUGGACCAUCAGCACUUUACAGUAGGAAUAUGAAUAGGGGUUAAUGUGUUAUGUUUUGAUAAACAUAAUUCAAUGAGAAUGUGUGCAUGGUAUUCAGCAAGUGUUGAUGUGAGCAAGACACCAAGCAGUUUAUCGAAUUCUGAUCAACAGAUUUGAAUAAAAGGUGAAGGUGUUCUGAAAUUUACUAGUUUAAAUACUUUAUACAAAUAUUCUAUGACUGGAAGAAAUAUCGAUUCAUAUUUUUUGAAUUCGGUUAUGUUAGUUACAAUAUAAAGGGGUGUCAUUGAUUACUGAAGUAUUUAAUAACGAUGAACCAGCACGUAACAUAAACGUUUUUAAAAUCACUGUUUAUCAUCGUAUAUACUUAACUAAGGAUUAAGGAUUUUGAGAAGUAAAAUCUACUAAUGGCUAGCUCAGCCCCAAACAGUGCCUCAUCUAGAAUGGGAAUUGGAAGAGGCAAUGGCACAGGAGUGAGAAAAGCUACUCCAACAAGUGCAGGAAAAGCUGGCAAGAAAGGCUCACUCAAUAGUUCAUCUGAUAGUUCAAUAGGGAAAUUAACUGCAGCUCACCCAAGACCUUCUGCCAAAUUAAAUCCAAAAACAAUUGACCCAUUUAAAAGUCCGGCUAAAAAUCAGUCUGCAUUUGCUGCUGUAUAUACUAAUGGAGGAGUGCCUUGUCGGUUGUUUCAUGGUUCAGUCAAACACAAGUUGGCCUGGGAAACUCCACCAGAGCAGGUACCUUUUGACCCCAUUCUGGUGACCCUAGCAGAGGGUUUAAAGGAGACAGUACAUCCCUAUAUGUUUGUGGCCAGGACUGGGUUUAAAGAACUGCUUGAAGUUGAGGGUGCUACAGAAAAAGUAUUGCCGAUCUUGCCAAAAGUCUGUAUAGCAGUUCGUACAAGUUUGAGCCAUUCAGAUAGUUCUGUAUUUGAUGCUGGUCUGGAUGCACUGCUACAGCUAAGUGAUGUGGUUGGACCAUCACUGAACCAACAUCUUAAACUUCUGAUGGUGCCUAUUGCUAAAAGAAUGAUGGACAAGAAAUACAGAGAUAAAAUAACAGAAGUUUUACAAACAUUGGAACAAAAUGGAGGAAAGGAAGCACUGCCAUCAAUAAAAUCCAAAGUUCCGACCUAUUCCUCAAUCUUUGGCUGAUAUUUGCUGAAUGAUGAACCUAACAUUUCACUUAAAACUUUUCCACAAUGGAGAGUGUAUAGUGUGCUAAGGAUCUGUUGCUUGAGAGACUGUUUUAAGGAAUAUUUGUGAUGGAAAUAUUUCAAAUUGUUUCUGCACUGUGUUUCCGCAAUUUAAAGCAAUGCAUGUAAAUAUGCAUUGAAACUAUGCAAUAACUGGUUAUCAAUGUGAUCUGCUGAAAGUAUUAUCAUUAGCACUGAGCUAGUCAGGACUUUAAUGAUUAUGCCCAGGUAUAGUGAAUCUUGUGAUAAAUAUUUCAAUAUUUUCUUUAAAAAAUGCUUCAGCUACAACUGUUGUUUAUUUCUUUGCAUGAAAGGAAUGUUCAGAAACUUGUUCAUAAAUUUAUCAGAAACUGAGUUCUAGAAACACUAAGAUUUUUUACUUUUGAACAUACAGGUAUAUAUUGGCCUGAUGUAUCAAAGUCUCGUUUGUGUCUGUAAUCUUCAAUUGAUGCUUCUAAAAUAUGAAUAUCUUCUUACAAACAUGUGAUUCUGACAUAUGAACUUUUUGAUAUGUUUGAAAUAAUUUGAGUUGUUUUGAGGUUGGUAUAAUACAUUACGUAAUAUAAUUCUGUAUGUAUUUGUUUUCUCCCCACUCCUUGGCUGAGACCACUACCAGUAGGUGGUAAGAUGUAUUCUGAAACGAUAGACAGAUUGCAUCUUUAACAAUUUGUUAUCAGAGAACAUGUUUUCCUUUGUCGCAUGUUUUCAGUAUAAAUGUUAAACAGCUCUUUUUCUAUAUGGAUAUGUAGCUAACCAAUGAAUUUUACACGGUAAGUUGGUCAAAUCCACAAUACAAGUCAAUAAAUAUAUAACCUUUAGAAUUCUCAAUUUAUACUGAAUUAGAGUAUGUUGGAUUUAAUUGUACUCUUGGCUGUAUGUGUUAAGUGUCACAAAAACUGAAAUCUAUAUAUGUUUAUUGAUAUUUGUGUAAAUUGUUUCCGUCCAUGUUCGUAUCUAUUGCAAGGCAAUUUGGAAGCCUGGAUUCCAGAGUUGCUACUCAUGUUGACUUACACAUGAUGUAGAAGUUGUCAAUUCUUGAUGUAUUUUAUUUUUUGAAAUCUCACCUUUAUAGCAGGGUAUUGUAGUACAAUCAAUAUUAUCUUUUGUAUGAAUAUAUUUCUUUUCUGUCUUGAAACAAAGAGAAAAGAAUAUUUAGAUAUUACAUAUUACAUGUGUAUGACAUGACUAUUUUCACUCUGAUAUCGAAAACUAAUCAAAAUGAAACUUGAUAUAGUUAGUAAGAAGUAAUUAAGAUUAAUCUGGAUAUAAAAGAUUGUAAUAUACUUUUUGUGAGGAAGUUUUUUUUUCCAAAAAGCAAACUCCGAGCUAACUUUACACUCUAUAGUUUUAGAGCUAAAGAUAAAAAUAUUAAUCUGAUAGUUGUACAUUAAAAUCAUGCAGAUACAUUUAAAUAUGAUAUAGUAUAUUUAUAAAUUAUAAAUCUUGGUUAAUUUACUACAAUUACGAAACAAGUUUCCAGCUUACCCAGUAUAUUAGUAUAUUAAUCACUCUUGUUGGCCUGGAUAGAAGCACACCUGAGGGAUGGGGGAUGUUCUUUCUGUGAGAGGAAACUGGUAGUACACAAGGAAACCCACCUACUAGUCAGGCAGGUGACCCCACACCUUUUCAUGUUCGUUCUGGACUGUAGAAUCAACCCUGGGAUGGUUAGAUGAAAGGCGAGUGGAUUACCACUGCAAUCGCAGACCAGUCAACACAUAGAGUUACUUGUGUACUUAUAAAAAAAACCAGGGUAACCAUUAUAGAAGGAAAUCUCUACCCACAUUAUUAGAGCUAGCAUUCUAGAAGGAAUUCUCUAACCACAUUAUAGAGCUAGCAUUAUAGAUGGAAAUCUCUACCCACAUUAUAGAGCUAGCAUUAUAGAUGGAAAUCUCUACCCACAUUAUACAGCUAGCAUUGUAGAUGGAAAUCUCUACCCACAUUAUAGAUGGGAGCUAGCAUUGUAGAUGGAAAUCUUGGAGCUAGAUUUAAAUUCCAGGGUAAGCAUUAUAGAUUGAAGUGAGAAAGUUAGCCCCGUGGUGUGUGGUAUUCUCUUGACUUCCAAAGCAAGUCUCAUUAUUGAAGUUACAACUGAAGUAGUAAAAUGUCAGAAAUUUGGUGCAGUUUAGCAUAGAACACAUAAAACCAUACUUACAUAGUCAAGGAGGUUUGGUUGUAACAUUGUUUUAAAGGGCUUUUAGUUUUCAUUAUUUUUAGGAUAACGCCAAAUGAAAUUAGGAAAUAAAGGCAUUGAAUACCUGCUUUUUUUAUUUUAGAUUUUAGUUAACCUGCCAAAACUAUAACUAUGAAAAUAAACUCAUUACCAUGUUUAUUUAGAAAAUUGUUUUGAUGUUGCUAUCUUGUAAGAGACACUUGUAUAGUUUUUGUAAGAUAAAAUAACAUCUGAUUAGAUAACUGAAUUUCCAUAUUAAACUUAGGCAUUAUUGGUUAAAAUAGUUGAAAUAAAAAAAAAACCAGCUUAAGUGUACAUUUAUAUGUAAAGACACCAUCUAUACUGAGGUUGUUUACCAAUAGUCUAUUCAUCACCCACCAUAUCCAUAGCUUUUUAUAUAAGGAUCAAGCUCAUACAGGUAGCUUCUUAUAGGCAUGUGUAGAGUAAGAAGGUAGUGUUUCCAGCCUCUUGUCAAAUGAUAUUUAGGCCUAGCCUUUAAGUUUAAGGAUGACAGGAUAUCUGAAAGGGUCAUCAAGUAAAAUACUAUUAUCUUAUAGUCAUUUAUGUUGUUGAUGUUUGGUGUUAUAUUUGAACAUUAUUUAGAUUAUACAUGUACUCGAUCUUAAGAAUUUAAUUUGAAACUUUUAAAUAUUUGAUGAUAUAAUUAUAGAACUUGUCAUGGUUUGAGCAGGUCAUGAUAUGGAUAAUAUCAGGUUGAUGUGACAAAAUCAGGUGAGUUGGCAGUACUGACAAGAAGUGACGAUGCACAUUUCAUGUAUAUUAUAACUCAAACCAGGGACAUAUAAUACUGAGGAUAAGAAACUGCUUAUAUCUCACUGCAAUGCUUUAGCAAAGAAUUUCAAGAUAACUAGCUUUGACAAGUUUAUAAACCAUUAUUCUAAAAAAUCAUAUCACUAGGUAAUCUUUUCUCAGUAAGCAAUAGAAGAGAGCAGCUUAGUAAUGUUCAAAUUGAUCAUUUUAAUGACAACUUUUUUCAGUUAAUUUCAUGAUAUCUAUCAAACAAAAUGCAUGUUUAAGUUGUUUACAACUGAAAUACCAUCCUUUUAUUGUAUACCACUUUGUUACUAAUUGCUUCUCACUGGCCAAAACAGAAGACUGUGGUCUGGUCAGUCAGCAUAGAUGUGACUGGGAUAUAGAUAGAUAAGGGUAGUUAACAGUAUGAAGAAGAGGGGAAGUAACAACUCCGUGCACAAACACAAAAGUUCAUGUCAGAGAAAUCACCACUGGGUCUAGUUCCUUAUCACUUUGUGUUAUAUAUCCCUACUCAAUCCAGCUAUUUUUUUGGAUACAUUUGUCAUCAUUUGAAAGCAGUGCAGUGAUUGGUUGAUGAUUAUCUGCCUAUAUGCAAUCAGAUGGACCAGCAUAGCUAUCAUUAUUAAUCAAUAAUCCAAUUAAGGUUGCCCAAUAUAACUUUUCAUUGUAAAAUAUUGUGUGUUGAAUUAAAAAGAAAUGUUAAGUGAAUGAAAAGAUUAAUUAUAGAUACAGUAAAACUAGGCGUCCAAGGCUAAUUGUGAAGGCUUGGCAUGUCAUAAUGAAAUAUUUACUGGUAAAUAAUCACUGUGUAUUAAGGACUAUCUAGACCAUUCACUGUGUAUUAAGGACUAUCUAGACCAUUCACUGUAUAUUAAGGACUUUCUACACCAUUCACUGUGUAUUAAGGACUUUCUACACCAUUCACUGUGUAUUAAGGACUAUCUACUCCAUUCACUGUGUAUUAAGGACUUUCUACUCCAUUUACUGUGUAUUAAGGACUAUCUACUCCAUUUACUGUGUAUUAAGGACUAUCUACUCCAUUCACUGUGUAUUAAGGACUAUCUACUCCAUUCACUGUGUAUUAAGGACUAUCUACUCCAUUCACUGUGUAUUAAGGACUAUCUACUCCAUUCACUGUGUAUUAAGGACUAUCUACUCCAUUCACUGUGUAUUAAGGACUAUCUACUCCAUUCACUGUGUGUUAUAACUAGAGUUGCUGUUGUUGUUUACCUGGUAUAUUAUUGAUAUGUACAUAUAACAUGUACUAUUUUUUAAUAUAAUUGCAUUGUUAUUUGUUCUCUCUGUUGAUGUUUUAUUUUUGUACAUUCCACAUAAAAGAGAUGGAUAUGACAUA